UUCAACCUUGGCGCCGCCCACCUUUGAAACAUCAACAGCGCCAAAUUUCAGCUUCUCUGUUAAACAGGAAAAUGUCAAGCGAGGAGCCACAAUGGAGAAAAGUCCAUAGUAUAACAGGUGUAAUACCGCGUUCCAGACAUGGACACAGGGCAGUUGCCAUUCGGGAGUUGAUUGUCGUGUUCGGAGGUGGAAACGAAGGAAUAGCAGAGGACCUCCAUGUUUACAACACUGUGUCAAAGCAGUGGUUUCUGCCUGCUGUGAGGGGAGACAUCCCACCUGGCUGUGCUGCCCAUGGUUUAGUCUGUGAGGGCACUCGUAUACUGGUCUUUGGUGGAAUGGUGGAGUAUGGAAAAUACACCAGCAGCCUCUACGAACUUCAGGCUAAUAGAUGGCUUUGGAAAAAGUUGAAGCCCAAAGCGCCUAAGAAUGGCUUGCCUCCAUGCCCUCGUAUCGGACACAGCUUCACACUUUUGGGUAACAGGUGCUACGUGUUUGGCGGGCUAUCCAAUGUUAGCGAGGACCCCAACGGAAAUGUCCCACGGUACAUGGAUGACUUUUAUGAGUUGGAGCUACAGUCCGUAUCGGGCACAAGAGGCUGGAGCAUCCCAGAGACAAAAGGGGGUGGUCCUACAGCACGGGAGUCUCACACCGCUGUUGCCUAUGCUGGUCUUGGCUCUCCAAAGCUCUUUAUCUUUGGAGGAAUGCAAGGCCACCGGUUAGAUGACCUCUGGCAGCUUGACCUCAACACAAUGAUGUGGUCGAUGCCUGACACUAGUGGUUCUAUGCCACUACCCAGAAGCCUUCACUCUGCCAGUGUAAUUGGAAACAAAAUGUUUGUUUUUGGUGGCUGGAUUCCUGUUCCAGAGUCAGAGAAGCAAAAUGCGGCAGGAAUUAAAUGGAUCUGCACUAACUCCUUGAGUGUUCUUAACUUAGACACAAUGAUCUGGCAGAACCUGGGCCCAGAAUACGAUGACAUUGGGUCCCAGUUGCACAAGUCCCAGAUUGACACCCAGAAUGCCAGCAGACCCAAAGCCAGGGCUGGACACUGCACCGCUGCUGUCGGAUCCAGGCUCUACAUUUGGAGUGGCCGCGAUAGUUACCAUAAGAACUUGAGCUACCAAGUCUGCUGCAAGGACCUUUGGUACCUGGAGACAGAUCGACCAUCUUCAGCAGAUGCGGUGAUGCUGAUCAAAUCCACUGUCAGCAUGCUCCAUGUAGCAUGGCGCCCUCUUUCUGCAGCGGACUGUUACCUCCUCCAGAUUCAGCCUGUCAGUUCUGCAGGAAACGAGCAGCAAGCCAAACAGGCCGAUUCAACGGCAACAGAUGGCGAAAGCAAAGGUACACAAGAUUUCCAGUCCUCUCAGAGUGUAAGUGAAUGCAACACUGCAGAACAAGAGACCACUUCAUUGCAGCAGGAUGUCAGUCCAGUGAAAUCUUCCAAUAGCCAAGUCGACCCCCAAGAAGAACAACAUGCAGCUGAGAAGACAGCACACCAGAAUUCAGAGGAAGCACUUUGGUUUGACGUUGGGGUGUUCAAAACCCUCUUUUCUGAGGUCCUGUACUACUAUCUGCCUGCUGAGCACCACCAGGUGACCCUCAGCAGUCGGUCUUCCAUUACAAAAGAAUCCUACACUCAGAGGAAGCUUCCAGGCCCUCAGGAUUACCAGGACAGAGAGAAGAAGGAGCUGGCUCCAGGUCAGAGGUACAGGUUCAGAGUGGCAGGCAUCAACUGCUUAGGCCAAGGUGACUUCAGCCCAGUCAGUGAGUUCAAGACUUGCCAGCAUGGCUUUCCUGGAGCGCCCUCUGCUGUCAGGAUAACCAAGGCAAACGAUUUAGUCUACAUCACAUGGGAAGCUCCUCCUUCUCCAUCAGGCCGCAUCCUGGAGUAUUCCAUGUACAUGGCAGUAAAGAAAAGCCGCUCUUCCAGCUCUGAGGGUCCAGGCCAAUUGGCGUUCAUCCGAAUCUACCGUGGCACCAAGAUGUCUUGCACGGUUAGCUCCAACCAGCUGGACAACGCGCACCUUGACUGUUCCGCCUCCAGCCGCCCGGCUCUCGUCUUUCGUAUUGCCGCCAAAAACGAGCAAGGCUAUGGCCCAGCAACUCAGAUCCGCUGGAUUCAAGAUCCUUUUAAAGUACGAGCUGGAUCCAAGGCAGACAUUUGUACUGCUGAUGACCCCGAUGCUGCUGACAGCUCCAGCUGAAAAUAUUACCAAUGAAUAAUAUUACAAUGAGACUGCCCUCUGGAAAUCAAGCAAUAUACAACAGUACAUUUUGUGUACUAUAGUUUAUUUUUUUGCUAAUUUAUUUUUCGUAUUUAAAUAUUCCUUGUACAUAUUUUCAAAAAAUGUAUGUCUGACCAUUUCAUUAUAAAAUAAUUCACCAAAUAACUUUUGUAUGUUAUGUUAUAGCACUUGUGUUUUUAGCAUGGAUCAAUUUAAUUAAUGCUCCUAGGUUCGUAUAAUGGUUUAUCUUCAUCUUCAGUGUUCUCUCAAGCAGUGUUUCCCAACCUUUUUUGUGAUACCAUGAGUACCUCCUCACUCAUACAAGUUGAUAGUUCUCCAAAAGUAAAAUGUAACACUUACACUGACAUUUAGAACGGAGAGGCAGUAGGAAACUACACUCUGUUAGCAUAAUAUUGUCUUUUUUGUACAUGAAGGUACAUUUGAUCAUAUAUGAAUCAUCAUCGCGCACACGGAAAAGAAAAAAAAAUACUUUCUUUUUUUUUAAGUGAAUUGCUCUUGGGGGCCCCCUGGUGCUCACGACGGUGCCCUAAGCAAGUGCUUAGCCCGCUUGUGCCUUGGGGGGGCUAUGCUGACCAUCUUAGAUAAUAAAUGUUUUCUCUACUCCCUGCAAUUUGCUCCUGUACCACCGGGAUUACAUAAAGUGGUACGCGUGCACCGGGUUGGGAAACCCUGUUUUAGAGCAGGAAAGUGUCCAUCUCAGUUCUAGUGCUUAUAAUUACAAGAACGUUACAAAUCUAUUCUUAACACAGGUCCCCAUAUUCAUGCAAUAAAAUUAUAUUGUGUGGGA